AUGGGUGCUGGUCCGGAAAAGAAAUCGGUAGCGAUUAGGAACAUGAUAUCGUUCUGGAUUUUUGGCAUGUGCAACAAUUUUGCCUACAGUGUCAUGCUUGGAGCGGCUCAAGAUAUUCUGAAGAGAAAUUCCGAAAGUGCGACACCGAACGCCAACAAUACUGAGCACUGCGUAGAGCAUAUAACAUUUCGCGACUGCGCUCCUGCUUCUGCAGGUGUUGUUCUGAUUUGUAACAUACUACCAUGCCUCAUAGUAAAAUUGCUCUGUCCGUUCUUCAUGCACCAUAUCCCCUAUGGGGUCCGACACUUCAUAAUCUGCAUGUCACAAACUGCCUCAUUAAUGGUAACAGCUUGGGCGAAUUCCGUUCCAACAGCUUUGCUUGGAGUACUACUGGCAUCGUUCUCGUGUGGAUUUGGGGAGACUACUUACCUAGGGCUGGCCAGCCAUUACUCGAACCGUGAUUUAACAAGAGCCGACUCAGAAUCCACUGCAACUGACAAAACCGCUAAAGAUAGUGUUAGUGUAGAAGCACAGAAUCGGCCACUUACUGAACAGCUUCUAGUGGUCAAGAGUCUGCUAAAGUACAUGAUCCCCUUCGGUACAGUAUACUUCAUGCAGUACUUCGUCAAGCAGGGUUUGACACUAACAACCGUCGUGAUAUUCAUCACGGCUAUAUACGCUUUUAUACCUUAUUUCGGUAUCGUCUGCGGUAUAAUGUUCUUCAUCGGUGUUGUGGGAGGAACUAAUUACGCGAAUACGUUCUAUCACAUUCAUAGAAAGGUAGAUCCAACGAUUCGUGAAUUCGCACUGUCAACGGUCACCUUCGCCGACACAAUUGGAAUCUUGGCCGCAGCCGUGGCAGCGAUUCCAGUUCACAACUGGAUCUGUGCCAUGAAAUGAAUGCGUCUGCUCGUACUUCUUUUGAUGACGGCCACCUCAGCCACAGGCAUAAAAUUCCCAUGUGGUCCCAGUUUUACUCCAUGUGAAACGAAAGCAUUCGGUCUUAGGAAUUUAAAAGAAAGCGCUCUUGAUGGAAGUAAAUCGCUGCUCGGGGAUGAUGAAAAGAGAUUUGCAGCACAGCUUGAGAUUUCUAAAGUAAUGAGCCACAAUCAGCUGAUUUCGGAAGCCAGAAAAGCAAAAGAAGAAAUCGAGAAGCUUUUCAACCAGACUGAAAAACAACUUCAAAGGGUUACGUCAGAAAGCAGUUUUUCGACGGCUGAACUCAUCUGGGCUCAGUACACAAAAGGCGACCGCUACUCGAAGUAUCUCUCGUUUUCUGCACUGAUCUCCACAACGGCCACGCAGAGAAUAGCCAAUAUCUCGUCCUCCCCACGUCUUCUCGAUGGUCUUCCACUCGUAUCCCUGGAAGGAUCGGCUAUUCAAAGUACCUGUCCGAUCAGUCGGAUAGAGGAAUGCAUUGCUGGAAAAUAUCGGUAA